AUGGCUUCUGAGGAUGAGAGCGCGCUGCUUCCUCACAAACUCCCAAGUCUCCGAGGACUCAAGGUGGAUCGGGUGCUAAACGAUGGCAAAGAAAGCGGCGUCGUCGCUCUGCUGGGAACCUUCGCCGGGUGCUCCACGCAGGCGGUGGUGAAGCUCUCGAGACCGCCCAUACCCGUCGGCGAUCCCGACGCCCUCUCCCGUGCCAUCUCCUUGUCCGAGCGCGCGCCGUGGAGCGGGAUGGAGUACGGGUAUUACCACGGCGCUCUCGACCCUUUGUUCGCCCCAGGGCUGAGCGUGGACGUGCUCUACCCCGGGUGCCUCUACGACGAGUCCGAGGAGGCACGCGAAAAGCUUCUGAAGAAACAUAUAAGCAGGAACACAGCGCAGGCUCCCGUGGCGUUCAGGGAAACCGUGGAGGCUUACGAGAAUGCGCACGUGCCGUACAUUCGCGCCAUCCCCGAGGGAGCCGUCGGGUGGGUGUACAAGAUACUGGCCUUGGAGAAGGAGACAGAGCGGCUGCUGUUCAACGAUCCGACCGAAGAUGCCGGAUUUUUGCUCAACACGGACCCGAAGUGGACCACCCACCCUGACCACAACACGACGCCCAAGGCGGCGUGGAAAGGGCACGCGUCCACGAGGGACCUGUACUGCCUGGGACUGUGUCACAGGAGGGAUGUCAAGUCUUUGCGGGACCUGCGGAGGGAGCACCUCCCGAUGCUGAGGGCCAUGGCAGAGACGGGCAGGAGGGUAAUCAGGGACACGUACGGGCUGGAGGAUCACAGCGUGAGGGUGUUUGUGCACUACCCGCCCCAGUUUUACCACUUUCACGUGCACUACACCAACGUCGCCGUGGACAUUGGCGUGCAGACGGAGCGAGCGCACCUGCUGGACGACGUCAUCGACAACAUCGAGCGAGACUCGGAGCACUACGCCAAGUGCGCCAUAACCGGAAGGAUGGGUGAGAACGACGAACUCUGGAGGAGGUACAGAGAGUGGAGGGCCAACAGCGACGCGGGGAGCACGUAG